AUGUGUGUUUCUCUUUAUGGAGCUCUUGCCAUUACUGAAAAAACCAAUCGUCCUCAUCCCCCCUCUGUGUUCUCAAAAGCCACGGCUGCUGAGGCUGAAAGGGCCAUUUGCGGGAAUCUUUGUCGAUGCACUGGCUAUCGAUCACUUUCUGAUGCUUGCAAAAGUUUUGGUUCUGAUGUUGAUUUGGAGGACUUAGGAUUAAACUCUUUUUGGAAAAAAGGAGAAAGUGAUGAUAUUGAAGGAGCAUUUGUCCAAGGAUUAGGGUUUUUCAUGCUUGAAGAAUAUGAAACAAAUCAUGAGGGAUUAGUGUUAGCAGAUGGAACAUGGAAGUACAAAAUCCCUACAUUAGAUACUGUACCUAAACAGCUCAAUGUUGAGAUUGUCAAUAGUGGACAUCACAAGCAUCGUGUUCUUUCCUUGAAAGCUUCUGGUGAGCCGCCAUUACUUCUAGCAUCUUCAGUUCAUUGUGCUAUUAGAGCAGCUAUCAAGGAGGCUAGAAAACAGCUUCAUUCAUGGAGCAACUCAGAUGAACUUGAUAAACCAUUCCAGUUGGAUGUGCCAGCAACCAUGGCCGUGGUAAAGGAAUUUUGUGGAUUGGACAUUGUGGAAAGAUACUUGAGCUGGAAGAUGGGCAAAAUGUGA